GUGGUGAGGGUGGACGGACACACCUCUUCCAACUUCAGGCCUGGGUGCUCACUGAAGCACCCCAGGGUUGUGUUUUGAGGCCCCUGCUAUACUCCCUGUACACACACGACUGUAUAACCACUUUCGACUCCCAACACCAUCAUCAAGUUUGCUGACGACAGAGCUGUGGUAAGAGAGCACUGUACUCGAGAUCAUCUCAUUACAGAGAGAGGGAUGAAUGAUGGUGGCAUGUACCAGAUUUCACUCUUUCCCAGAUUUAUUGUCCUUGCAGGAGACUGCCUGACAGGAACUACUGAGGGUAUGUAGACAGACCGGAGAGUAGAGAGUUGUCACCUUGUUGAAAUAUAAGACCCGCCUCUGCAGUGUAUGACGAUUGGUCAUACCAGCAACUUGUCAUUAUGCAUAUCCAAUAAAAAUCAUUGGUUGCUGUUUAUGUUUCCUUCAGGUUCCAAAGGUCAGAGUAUGUCUGCAGGUUUAAUUUGUUAAACACACAAUUCAGGAUUUAGUUUGAAGCUUUAAGUUUAGUUUAUUGUAGUCACUUUGUUUUUGCUGGAUAUUCAGCUUUGCAGGUGAUUUGUCAGCGACAAAAUCUGAGGGUCAUCAGACACUGUAAUGUCAUCUACAAUUAAACAAGCAGUUUCAGAGCUCUCUAUUCCAGUCCCAUGGGGAGAGAUCAGAGGGAAAGUCUGGGGUCCUGAUCACGGCCGUCCUGUGCUUUGCCUGCACGGCUGGGCUGACAACUGUGGUACAUUCAACACCCUCAUUCCCCUUCUACCCAAAGAGUGCAGAUAUGUGGCGGUGGACCUGGCCGGUCACGGUUUGUCUUCCCAUCGUCCUGCUGGAGUUCCCUAUACUUUUCCUGCAAACGUGGCAGAUGUACGCAGAGUCAUUGACGGUCUCCAUUGGACAAGAUUCUCCAUCAUAGGCCACAGUAUGGGUGGCAAUAUCGCUGGAAUGGUAACUAAGAUUCCUCACAUACAACUUAUCACUGUUUUCACACCUUACACAGAAUUGUCCUGUAUGUUUUUUGCGUGGUAUCAUACAUGGUGCACAUUGUGUUUUCCACAGUUCAGUGCACUAUAUCCUGAGAUGGUGGAUGCCGUCGUACUGCUGGACUGCUUUGGAUUCGUUCCUACAGAUUCAAUUUUUAUUUUCAAAGUGAUUAGGCAGGGGAUGGAUGACGUGCUUCAGUUUGAAAAAAAGACAGAAGAGAAGAAAAGAGUUUACACUUAUAAGAAGGCAGUUGAGAGGUUGUUGGCUGCAAACCCGACUCUGUCUGAACGGUCUGUGCACAUCCUUUUAGAGCGAGGUCUAGUUCAAGUUGACGAAGCAGGAUUUGUAUUCUCCAGAGACCUGCGAGUAAAUUUUAAAAACAUAGCGCCCAUCAGUUUGGAGCAGAGUCUGGAGAUGCAGUCGAGGAUUCAAGCCUCUGUUCUAGUUGUUCUAGGAGACAAAGGCUUUGGUGCAGCACCAGAAUCAAACCAACUGAAACUUCUCCAAGGAUAUCGUGAGAGAAAUCACACGGUGGUGACGGUAUCAGGCGAUCAUCACAUCCAUCUGAAUGAUCCCAAAGUCGUCGCUCCAUUUGUUUGUGACUUCCUGCAGCCCAAAGUGCUCUCACAGCAGCUGCCGCCAUAGUGGAGACACACACACACACAGACAGACACACACAGACAGACAAUUAUUGAGGGUAUUAGGGUAUACAUAAUAUAUGUA